AUGAGAGCAAACCAGCAGCAAGCUGCUGCUGCUGCAGAGCCCACAGUCUCGACGAACACCGAUCCAGCUGGCGGCAGCGGCCGCGACGACAGUGACAGCACUGUGGACCCCGCCGACAAGGCCGACUCCUUGGCGGAGAACGCAAGGGAAACGGCUGUCGAGGCCACAGUCUCAACGAACGCGUCUGAUCCAGCUGGCAGCUGCGGCGGCGACGACAGUGACAGCACUGUGGGCCCCGCCGACGAGGGAGGUUGCGACAGCGAGCCGGCCUCUGCCCCGGCGCUGUGCGAGUUUGCCGACGUCGAGACCCUUGAGCUGCUCAGCGCGCGGCUGCUCAACACUAUGGCGACACGGGUCGUGCAAGGUGGCCUGCAGCCCAGCGACGCAAUGGCCGAGGUUCGUGGGCUGCUCUCGGAGAAGCUCUCCUCGGCCAAGAAGGGCCCGCGCGGCCUCGCGGUGCUCCACGCCCGCCUGGAGAAGCUCGAGGCGCGGCGCUCGUUCGGAGGGCGCUUCGUCUCGAACGCGGCGGACAAGGUCGCGGGCAAGGCGCGCGAACUCGAGGUACGAGGCGAGUACCGGCACGGAGGCCGCCAGCGCCUCGCGCUGCAGCUGGUGCAGCGGUACGACACGACUCGGGAGUGGCACUGCGGCUGUGACAUGGAGCAGCUCGGCUCGACGGAGCGCGAGCGCCACCUGACGAGCUGCGUCUUCCGGCCGGUCGGCUGCUCGCACGCUGGCUGCACUGCCCUCUUCAGCGCGCGGUACGAGGCGGCGCACGACGGCAGCUGCGAGUUCAAGGUGGUGCGGUGUGCGCUCGGCUGCAAGGAGAGCCUGCCGCGGCGCGACAUGGAGGCGCACGUCGCAGGCCCCUGUGCGAUGCGGCCCGCCGAGUGCCCUUUCCGAGCGCUCGGCUGCCUCGCGCCGGGGCUGGUGCAGGGCGAGGUCGCCUCGCAUCUAGAGGAGGCGAGGGACGCGCACCUGCAGCUCGCCAUGGCGAGGCUGCUGCAGCAGGACCAAGAGCUGAGCGAGCUGCGGCAGGCCAUGACCGAGAUGAGGGCGGCGGCCGAGACGACCGCCGCAACGUCGGCCAGUGCGGCGGCGAGCACCAUCGCCGGGCUGCAGAAGAAGAUCGCGGCGCUGGAGGCGGGCCAGGCGGCGGCCCAGGCGGCGGCCAAAAAGUCGGCGGCGCAGGCCAAGGACACGACCGCGGCGCUGGCAACCCGUUUGGCCAAGUUGGAGCGAGAGCGAGGCUGA